AUGCAGUGCUUCCCCAGCCUGGUGCUGGCCCUCAGCUCGCUGCUGGGCGCCCUGGCGCUGCUGCAGCUCUCGCUGUACCUCCGGGUGCCGUCCCGCUACGGGAAGCACGAGGAGCGGCUGUGCCGGCCGCGGGGCCGGCUGCCGGCGCGCUGCGCCUGGUUCCUGCAGGAGCUGCCCUCCUUCCUGGUGCCCGCGCUGCUGCUGGCGCUGCGCAGGCCGCCCCGCCUCGAGCCGCUCGGCUGCCGCCUCCUCUGCUGCCUCUUCUGCUGGCACUACUUCUACAGGACAUUUAUUUACCCCUUCUUCACUAGAGGCAGACCUUUCCCACUGCAAUUGCUUUUCUUUGGCAUGUUAUUCUGUAUCUAUAAUGGCUUCCUCCAGGGGUACUACCUGAUUUACUGCGCUGAAUAUCCAAACGAUUGGUGCACCGACAUCAGAUUUACAUCAGGCCUCCUCUUAUUUCUGCUGGGAAUGGGGAUCAACAUUCACAGCGAUCUCCUGCUGCGCCAGCUGAGGAAACCUGGGGAAGUCACUUACAAGAUUCCUCAAGGGGGACUAUUCACCUACAUUUCUGGAGCCAACUACUUUGGAGAAAUUGUAGAAUGGUUUGGUUUUGCCAUAGCAACCUGGUCCCUACCAGCCUUCGCCUUUGCCUUUUUUACUCUUUGCUGCAUUGGGCCACGUGCUUAUCACCACCACAGGUACUAUCUCAAGACAUUUACGGACUAUCCAAAAUCAAGGAAAGCCUUGAUUCCUUUUGUUUUUUAA